CGAGAGUGAGGCCCCGCCUACUGGCGGGCGGUGGGUUUAUGAGGCCGAGGACCCGAGACCGCAGAGAGAAAGAAGCGUGAUCAGCUAUCAAAUUAAACCACCGCAUCUCAGCCUUCAGUUUUGUUUUGAGCAGGAUGGCUCCAAAAGCAGAGAAAACGUAGUUCCUUUAAGUUUGUUUUGCCAACACCUGACGUACUAGCACUGUGGCUUCACUUCACCCUGAAAUAGUAUGGCGGCCAGCGUUUGGCGCAUGCUCUUCGACGCCCUGGGAUGCCUCGCGCAGUGGGACUCGGGGGCGCGCACGUCAGUCACUGACGUUAGCCGACUUCCGGUGGUGUCGGAGCCGAGUUUCCGCGGGAUCUGGCCAGUUUAAGAGGUUGCUGGGUCUAGUGCGCUGGUGGGGAAAAGGAGUCAACGGAAUCUUCACGAGUUUAUGGAGCCUUAAUUACCAAGGAUGGAACACAAGUGGGACUUUUAAAAUGUUACCCUGUAAGAAGAGAAGAACUACAGCGUCAGAAUCUCCACAGGAUACAGGCAACCCAGAGGAAAGUGACCUAGACCUACAGUCAGCUGUUAAGUCAGACUCUGACCAGGUCAAAGACUUGGGGUCAGUGACACUGUCUUGGGGUUCCUGUCAUGGCAGAGCAGCUGGCCUUGAAGUACAGUCUCUGCAGGAUGCAGGAAAUGAACUUGGAAUGGACGAUCCAUCUGUGACCUGUAGGGUGCCCCCCCAGGACACAGACAUACCAGUGCUAGAAGCUGUGGACGUGGCCAUCUCUCAGGGAAUCACCCUCCCUUCCUUGGAGUCACCCCAUGCCCUUAGUACACACGUUGGUAAAGGAAAACCCCAGGCCUCUGGCUCUAGGCGAGGGAAGAAAAUUGUACUCAGGCCCGGGCCAGUUGCCCAAGAAGACAAAGGUUAUCGUCCUGUCCUCAAGGAGCCUUUUUCAGGAGAGCCUAGUGAAGAAGUCAAGGAAGAAGGAGGAAAACCUCAGAUGCAUUCUGGAGGGGAGAUGCUUUCAUUACCAUCAGGCAGCCAAUCUGCAAAACCAGGAGCCCAGCCUAGGAAGUCAUCCCAGCCAGAGGCCUGCGCCUCUCCUCAAGAAAAGCCACACAGGACUUUGGCUCUGCAAGCUGAGGAAGAAAUGGAGGAUGGUGGACUCUUUAUUCCAAUGGAAGAACAAGACAAUGAAGAAAGUGAGAAAAGGAGAAAGAAGAAAAAGGGUGCCAAGAGGAAACGAGAGGGAAAGGGUCAAGAAGAAGGGACCUUGACUUACGACGUGAAACUCGAUGACAUGCUUGACCGUAUUUUAGAGGAUGGUGCCAAGCAGCACAACCUAACAGCAGUCAACGUGCGAAACAUUCUUCACGAAGUAAUCACAAAUGAACACGUAGUAGCUAUGAUGAAAGCAGCCAUCAGUGAGACGGAAGACAUGCCAAUGUUUGAGCCUAAAAUGACACGCUCUAAACUGAAGGAGGUGGUGGAGAAAGGAGUGGUAAUUCCAACUUGGAAUAUUUCACCAAUUAAGAAGGCCAAUGAAAUUAAGCCGCCUCAGUUUGUGGAUAUCCAGCUCGAAGAAGAUGAUUCCUCAGAUGAAGAAUAUCAGCCAGAUGAUGAAGAAGAAGAUGAGACUGCUGAAGAGAGCGUGCUGGAAAGUGAUGUGGAAAGCACAGCUUCAUCUCCACGCGGGGCAAAGAGAUCCAGGCUGAGGCAGUCUUCCGAGAUGGCUGAAACAGAUGAGGAGAGCAGCACGUUAUCGGAGGCUGAGAAAGUUGCCACACCUGCCAUCAGGCACAUCAGUGCUGAGGUGGUUCCCAUGGGGCCCCCGCCCCCUCCAAAGCCAAAACAGACCAAGGACAGUACUUUCAUGGAGAAAUUGCACGCAGUGGAUGAGGAGCUUGCUUCCAGUCCAGUCUGUCUGGAUUCUUUCCAGCCCAUGGAUGACAGUUUAAUUGCCUUCCGAACCCGUUCUAAGAUGCCCUUGAAAGAUGUGCCCCUGGGCCAGCUGGAGGCAGAGCUCCGUGCCCCAGACAUCACUCCAGAUAUGUAUGACCCGAAUACAGCGGACGAUGAGGACUGGAAGGCGUGGCUGGGGGGACUCAUGAACGAUGAUGUGGGGAAUGAGGAUGAGGCAGAUGAUGAUGAUGAUCCAGAAUAUAAUUUCCUGGAAGAUCUUGAUGAGCCGGACACAGAAGAUUUCCGUACUGACCGAGCAGUGAGAAUCACCAAAAAGGAAGUGAAUGAGCUGAUGGAAGAGCUCUUUGAAACUUUCCAGGAUGAGAUGGGAUUCUCCAACAUGGAAGACGAUGGUCCAGAGGAAGAGGAGCGUGCGGCUGAGUCACGGCCUAACUUUAACACCCCUCAAGCCCUACGGUUUGAGGAACCUCUGGCCAACUUGCUAAAUGAACAACAUCGGACGAUGAAGGAGCUUCUUGAGCAGCUGAAGAUGAAGAAAUCUUCAGCCAAACAGCAGCAAGAGGCAGAGAGGGUUAAGCCCCAGGGUGAGAAAGUUGAUCGGACUCUGGUUCUGGACUCAGCACAGAGGCGGAGACUCCAGCAUCAAAUGCAGCAGCAUGUCCAGCUCUUGACGCAAAUCCAUCUUCUUGCUACUUCCAACCCCAAUCUCAAUUUGGAGGCCAAUACCACCAGGAUAUUUCUUAAAGAGGAGGGAAUCUUUGCCAAAAGCUCCAUCGCUCUUCACCAACCGUUCAAUCCCAAGUUUCAGACCUUGUUCCAGCCCUGUAACUUGAUGGGAGCUAUGCAGCUCAUUGAAGACUUCAAUACGCAUGUCAGCAUUGACUGGAGUCCUCGUAAAACUGUCAAGAAGACUGCUCAUGAAUUUCCCUGUUUGCCAAAGCAAGUAGCGUGGAUUCUGGCUACAAGCAAGGUUUUCAUGUACCCGGAGCUCCUUCCAGUGUGUGCCCUGAAGGCAAACAAUCCCCAGGACAAGAUCUUCUUCACCAAGGCAGAGGACAACCUGUUAGCUUUGGGACUGAAGCAUUUUGAAGGAACCAAAUUUCCUAAGCCUCUAAUCAGCAAGUACCUUCUAACCUGCAAGACUGCCCACCAGCUGACGGUGAGAAUCAAGAACCUCAACAUGAACAGAGCCCGCGACAAUAUCAUCAAGUUUUAUAAGAAGACUAAACAGCUGCCAAUCCUACUCAAGUGCUGUGAAGAGAUCCAACCCCAUCAGUGGAAGCCUCCAGUCGAGAGGGAAGAGCACCGACUCCCCUUCUGGCUGAAGGUACGCCCUUUCUUCUCAAUGUCUGUGGGAGGCAGAAGGCCACUAUUUUCACUAGACCGAGGCCUAGAAAAAGGCAGCUCGGAACUGGGGAGUGAAACUCGGUACCCGCUGCUGUUGCCUAAGGGGGUCGUCCUGAAACUAAAGCCCGUGGCCAACUGUUUCUCCAAGAAGGCUUCGAGACAGAAGCAGUCGUCAGUCCUGAAGCCCCUUCCUAUCCGACCCAGCCCCUCCCUCCAGCCUAGCUUCAACCCUGGUAAAACACCAGCCAGGACCGCUCAGUCAGAAGCCCCUCCGAGCAAAAUGGUGGUCCGGAUCCCUCACUUGAUCCAGCCAGCCACUGUCUUACAGGCAGGUCCAGGUGUCCCUCCACUGGGGCCCAGCCUGUCAGUGCGGCUGUGGCCCAGAGCCCCCAGACCAUUCCCAUCACUACCCUCUUGGUUAACCCUACUUCGUUCCCCUGUCCAUUGAACCAGCCCCUCGUGGCCUCCCCUAUCCCACCCUUAAUUGUUUCUGGCAGCUCUGUAAAUCUUCCUGUACCAUCUCACCCCGAAGAUAAGGCCCAAGUGAAUGUGGACCUUACCUGUCCUUUGGCUGAAGGGAACAUUGCCUUUCAAAGCCUAGAACCCAAAUUAGAACCCCAAGAACAAUCUCCCCUCUCUGGUACCAUUGUCCCUAAAGAGGAGCGAAGCCCAGGGCCCCCAGCAGCAGAUAUGGAGUGCCAGGAAGGAUUGUCGGAGAACAGUGUGUGUGGUUGGACAGUUGUGAAAACGGAGGACGGGAGUCAAGCUUUGGAGCCGCUGCCUCAGGGGUUUCAGGAAUCUCUACACCCUUCCCCUGGGGAUUUCAAGGAAAUUGUCAAGACAGAACUUAUGGAUGCUGGGGAAGACAUGUCAGGGGGGUCCCCCAAGCAGGAUGUUUGUGAUGAAAUUAAAGAAGAACACUCUGUGGAACUGGACACUGCCUCCCCAGCAGAGGAGCUGAGCAGCACCAGAGAGGGGAAGAGGCAGAAGGUCUUACAGAGGGAGGAGGAGAGGGGCGGGGCAGCCAGUACCCCUCCCGUGUCUCAGGAGCCUCCUGGUGAUGGGGACUCAGGGAGAGAUGGGAGCAAAGGCUCACCAAGGAGUGCUUCCUCCUCCACGGAUCCCGAGAUGGUGCGCAGCAGUCCCCCAGGGAAGCCUGAAGACCCCUCUGGUGCCGAUGGGCAGUCAGUGGAGACCAUAGCAGAAGCUGGAGGGGAGAAGGAAGGGCCAGAGGAGGAGGAGGAAGAGGACUUCGACGACCUCACCCAAGAUGAGGAAGAUGAGAUGUCCUCGGCGUCUGAGGAAUCUGUGCUCUCCGUCCCGGAGCUCCAGGUGAGAGCCGGGCAGCCUGGAGUAUUCUGUGUGCUCAGUAAUAUGUACUGUUUAUUGCUAUGCCCUCUGCUUGCUUGCUGCACUAUCAGUAGUCCGGAUAUUGCUGGUGUCUGACUACUGAAUGCAUUA